CGGUGCGGGGCCGGUGCGGGGCCGGUGCGGGGCCGGUGCGGCCAUGGAGGAGCCGGGCUGCGGGGCGCAGUUCCGCGCCGCCGUGCAGGUGAUCCAGGGGCUGCCGCGGAGCGGUGCGUACCGGCCCUCCUACGAGGAGAUGCUGCGCUUCUACAGCUACUACAAGCAGGCGACGGCGGGGUGCUGCCAGGGCCCGCGGCCCGGCUUCUGGGACCCCAUCGGCCGGUACAAGUGGGACGCCUGGCACAGCCUGGGCGGGAUGUCCAAGGAGGAGGCGAUGGCCGCGUACGUGGCGGAGAUGAAGAAGGUGGCCCAGAAGGUCAUUGACACCGUGCCCAUGGACGAGAGCACGGAGGAGAUGUUCCGCUACUUCGAGCCGCUCUACGAGGUGAUCCACGACAUGCCCCGGCCCCCCGAGUCCUUCUUCAAGAGCAAAGGGGAGCGCCGGGGGCAGCCGGACGGCCCUGCCAGGGAUGUCCCAGCGAGCCCCAGAGACACCGUGCCCGGGGAGCAGCAGGACGGGCAGCACGUGCCAGGAGCUGGGCUGGCUCCUGCCCCCAAGGCGCUCGAGGGGAGCCAGGUGACGAGUGACUCUGAGGGGGACACGUUCUGUGACACCCUGGAGCAGAUGGAGCCUGAGAAGGCCGGGCAGGUGCGGGGGCUCACCCCAAACAGGCUCCAGGCUGGGGCUGAGCCCCCAGGGCCCCACAGUGCUGGGCAGGGCGAGGAGGGUGAAGGCAGAAGAGCCGAGGGGAGCAGCAGCACCGACCUCACAGCCGUGGGCUCCGAGACAGGCGUCCGGCUGGCCGGGGGGGACCCCGGGAGCAGCCCCGAGCUGGCGGCGGAGCUGGAGGCCCACGUGGCCGGCACGGUGCGGGCACUGCAGGAGGAGCUGUGGCGAGUGCAGGAGCGGCUGAGCCGGCUGGAGACGCUCGGUGCUGCCCAGAGGGACACAGCUUGGACAGACCCCAGCCUGGCACGUGCUGCACAGGCCAUGUCCCCGUGGCGCCUGACCGUGUCCCCGCGCACGCUGCUCUUCCUCGCCACCUGGCCCUUCGUCACCCAGUGGCUGCUGCGCCACUGGCAGGGCAGGAAGAGGUGACCACCGCGUCCCCGCCGCCGCUGCCACCCCUCCUUCGCCAUCCCGCUUCGCACGAGCCGGGGAAGCGCCACGGAGCCACGCGGGAAUCGCCUCACCAGCCACGGGGCUGUGCGGGCCGGGCACCCCCGGGCACCCCCGGGCACCGGCACCCACACUCAG